AUGGCAACAACAAAGAGCAUGAGCCAGGAAGAACAAAACCGUCUGAGUUUGCUCUUUCACUCCUACGAUGUGGAUCAUUCAGGGCGGAUUGAAAAAAAUGAAUUUUCUACUAUUUGCAAAGAGCUCAAUGUCUCCUCCCAAGAAGCAACGCGCAUAUUCAACCGCCUGGACGUCGACAAAGACGGCACAGUCACCUUAGAGGAGUUCAUCAGCGGCUUUAAAGAACAACUCCAGGGAGAAGACGAUGACGCAGAAGAAAACAUGAACGCUGAUCAAUCAGGACAUGUCACAUCCAGCAGGCAGCCACAUCCCCACAUCAGGGGAAUGAGCGCACAGGAGCAGGACCGACUCCGCGCCCUCUUUCACGCCUACGACGUGGACAACUCCGGGAGGAUCGAGAGGAACGAGUUUCUCACCAUCUGUGCGGAGCUGCAGGUGUCAGCGGCCGAGGCGGACCGGAUAUUCAGCCGGCUGGACAUCGACGACGACGGAACCGUGACGCUGCAGGAGUUCAUCGCCGGCUUUCACGACCGCUACGGAGACUUCAUGGAGUCGGACGGAGGAGACGUGUCCGCCGCCUGGGAGAACUUCGAGAGGAGGCUGGGCGAGCAGGCCAAGUUCAUCCCCAGGCAUGAACAGGCGGCAACGCUGUACCAGAACAUCAGUCUGACUGAGCCCAGACUGAUUCCUCAGUUUGAGAAAGUCGUCAUUAACUUCACCAAAGAGAUCAGACAGCAGAACUCAGAGAUGGAGAAUCUGGCGCUCGCAAUCAAACGAGCUCAGGACCAAGCAACAAUGCAGCUCAGUGAGAUGGAGGAGGAGAUGGACCAACGUAUUCACGCCGCAGAGAGAAAAACACGAGAGCAGGAGAAGAAACGAACAGAGGCUGCGCUGAAUGACUUAAGAAGAGGUUAUGAGACUGAAGUGUGUGAGCUGCAGUGUAAGGUCCAGAGGAUGCAGAUGAUUGAAGAGAAGUACAAGGACAUCACUGUGAAAGACGAGAGUUCAGCUUUGAAGAAGAAGAUCAAUGAGCUAACGCUGGAGAACCAGCGGAUGAAACAGGAGCUGCUGAGGUCUCAGACCAAAGUGGCCUGUUUGCAGAGUGAGAUGGACUCGCUGAAGACGGAGUUAACAGACCAAAGCAUCAAUUCUGAAAGAGACGAGGAGCUCAUGAAACACUUCUCUGAUGAGCGAGACAUCCUGGAGAGUCAGAUCGAGAUGCUGCAGACAGCUAACAGGAAGCUCCAUGACAGCAACGAUGGCCUGAGAACUGCUCUGGAGAGGAUCACAAAGUCUGGUAACGGUGGGUCACCAGGAGAGAUUAAGAAUAGAAACAGAAGUAAAAGCAUCUGCUACACAUCACCAUACGUCCUAAUGGACAGGUUCUGCCAGCGUACAGAUGAGUAUCCUCUGUACACCCGGCGGCCCAGCUGCGACACUCUGGCCUUGGCCAUGUGUGACCCCGGCCUGAGGCGCCAACACAGCAGCGAGUGCGAGGAGGACAGCCUGCCCGAGAUCUACGUGGACAGCGGCCUGUCGACGCUCAGAGGCUCACACGGAGGCUACGACUCGGAGCACGACGUCAAAGGUCAAGAAGAAGAAGAAGAAGAAGAAGACAGGGAGGAGGAGAAGGAGAAGAAGAAGAAGAAGAAAAAGACGACGACACGGAAGGAUUACAACAAUGACAGCAUGAUGGAGGAAAAUUCCGACACUGAUCCAGCAGAGACUCAGGAUGGAGAGUCGGCAUUCGGGUCAGAGAGCAGCUCAGUUCUGGACUGGAAGCUGUCUGAGUCGAUCAGCGUCCCGCCACCUGCUGCUCCGACAACACGGAAAGCCCUCAGUGCCAUCAGUGUUCGGAAGGAGGACAACGACAGCGCUGAUCUGGGCUACAUGACGUCAGAGAAGGCCUACAGGAUCGUGUUAGCUGGAGAUGCCGCUGUGGGAAAGUCCAGCUUCCUGCUCCGCCUCUGCAAGAACGAAUUCAAACUGAACUCCAGCGCGACUCUGGGAGUGGAUUUCCAGAUGAAGACACUAAUCGUGGAUGGAGAGCCCGUCUUACUACAACUAUGGGACACUGCAGGACAGGAGAGGUUUCGCAGUAUCGCCAAGUCUUAUUUCCGGCGGGCAGACGGCGUGCUGCUGCUGUACGACGUCACCUGUGAGAAGAGCUUCCUUAACGUUAGAGACUGGGUGGACAUGAUCGAGCAGGAUGUAUCCCGUGAAGAUAUUCCCAUCAUGCUCGUGGGUAAUAAGUGUGAUCUCAGACCAGAAGCAGGGAACUGCGUCCCUACCAGCUAUGGGGAAAAACUGGCCAUGACAUACAACACUCUGUUCUGUGAAACUAGUGCCAAAGAUGGUUCCAACAUCCUGGAGGCUGUGCUGCACCUGGCCAGGCAGGUAACAAAGUACGCCACCUUCGAGGAGAAAAGUCACUUUAAGUCGAUGCCCAAGUUAGACGCUCCGAGGAAGAAACCCAACUUCUCCUGCUGCACCUGAUUAAACUCAUCAGCGCCGGACGUCCACCUGUAACUCCAUGUGAACUUCGUACAAGUGGAGCAAGGACAAGAAAAAAAACCCGACAAAACGGCAACAGGAACAAACCAUUAUUGUGAAUAACUAAAGGAGUGUUACGUGAGAUUGGAACGGAAUAUCCAAAACACACAACAGUUCAGAUCUUUAUCGCCAAAGAUAUUUAAACAUCAUGUUUUGUGCUGCGUUUUUGAGGAAUGCUUUCGUCAGCUUCGCUUUGUGAAAGUUCUGUUAUACUGUGUCGCAUAUUUCACAGGUGUUUCCCAGUACGCACAGUUUCCUAAACUGACGCUGUCAAGUGGUGAAGAUGCAAGCAAAGCAGGGAAACAGAACGACAGCUGGGAAAGUGUGAGAAGAAAGUGACGCGAAGUACAUGAACGUUGUUUAAAAGUGAUAUUCGCAUGUGAGGCAGAGAAAUAACUGCAGGUGACGGAGGACGGAAAGUUAGUUCAGCAUGUAGCUGUGAUGAGAAAGUAAGAGAAUAGAUGUUAUCUCAUUACUUCAGUUAUCUCCAGUUUACGUGCUGGUUUCAAAAGGUUUAUGCAGCAUGUUGGGGAUUUGAGAGAAACUACAAGUUUAAUGUUUGCACCAACCACAAUGUCAGACUUUACUGGAAGUGAACGUCAUCAAUAACCAACAAGGUGACACUGAGAAUUAUGGGAGAAGUUAAAGCUAAUAAUGUAUGUAUAUAUAUAUCCUGUCUCUAAAUGAGUGUGUUUUUACCACAGCAGUGUUACAUUCCUUCUCCACUGAGGAUGAUUCUGUGUUUUAGAAUUUAUACUUUUGGAACUGAACAUAUCGCAGACAGUUUUCAGUUUGCACGAGUGCUUUGAAAACUGCUUUAAUUAUCUGGUAUGAGUAAAGAAAAUUAGGGAGGCGUGAAGCAAAGCUCUUAUUUCUACCAGAUAUAGUGAACAUAUGUGUUUCUGUUUAACUUAGAUGUGAGCCUGGCAAACUGCCAAUAAUAUUAAUCAUAAUACUAAUAAAACCAUAUUAUUCAUAUUGAACGCUGCAAAUGAAAUGCUGGUGGGAUUCUCAGUCUCUAGAAUCCAGACUUUGUAAAGGUUGGAAUUCUUUUCCAGUCUUCUGUGUGUGUAUAUAGAAAUUGCACAAAUACAUGUUAAUAAAAGAAAGAAGAAGAAAAAACCAUUCAUAUUGAUUAUAUAGGUAUCCAACAGUUUUUUCUAACUUCUCAACAUAAAGCAGGUGUCUGGAGGUGAAAAAGUUAGCAGGAUUUGAAGCUUUCUUUUUUUAAAUUAUUGGCACGGUCCAGUUGCAGUGUUGCACAUUCAAUAGAACCACAAAUGAACCACAGACUUUGAGAAUAAACCAUCUGAAAGGGUUCAUUGUUAUCUCCAUUUGUAUGAUCUCAAACACUAAACUACCUUUUUACCUUGUUUUCAGAUGCCGCUUUGUAGGAACACGUUUGUCUGAUUUUGUUAUGAUUUUGAAUUCAUUUCAUCAUGUUUUCUGAAUCUCAGCAUCAAACUGUUUCCUUAAUUUCAGAUUUGAAGUUAAAACAUGUUUAAAAAGUAUCUCAGCGUUCAUGUAGCCAAGAACCUGUUGCUCCCGUUUAUUUGUUUGUAUAAAUGUCUUUGCUGAUGUUUUGUGAAGUGCAACUGCGAAGUCAAUGUCUGUGUUUAAAGUCUCUUUCUCAAUAAAAGAAAAUAUACUGUGAAGUA